GAAUGUCACAGACCUUCUAAACAGUUCAUUGGAAGAUAGUUUUGCGCGCACGUCGGUGCGUGUUCAUCCGGGCAUUCUGUCAUAGCGCAACCAGAGUUCGAGAAAUUCUGGUGUAUGAGAAAUACUCGCAGAAGGAAGAUUUCAUCUAACAUAUUGGGACCAAGUUCCCCAGGGCGAUUGCCAAAUACAGUUUGCUUACAAAUUUCUUCGCUCAUUUUUAGCGUUUUUAUGACGUUUGUGCGACCAGACGGGCCCUUGUGGUGGCAUACAAGAAUAAUAGAACCAGAGCUAAGUGGUUUGGGGAAAGAUUCGUCAGAAAGGUUUAUGAAGUUCCUCAAGCAAGCUGCUCAUUUAAAUCAAGCAGAUAGAAGUAUUCAUAGGAAGAGGAAACCUUAUCAGAAAAAUCUAUCAAGAUGUCGUUCAACAUUGAUAGAAGCAAUACCGACCCCUUCUACCGGUACAAGAUGCCUCGUCUCUUAGCCAAGGUGGAGGGGAAGGGAAAUGGAAUCAAAACAGUUAUUGUGAAUAUGCCGGAGAUCGCCAAGGCCCUAGCACGGCCUCCGACUUAUCCCACCAAGUAUUUUGGCUGUGAACUUGGCGCACAAACCCAGUUCGAUUUAAAAAAUGAUCGCUUCAUUGUCAAUGGCUCUCACGAAUCCAACAAGCUUCAGGAUCUGCUUGACGGCUUUAUCAAGAAAUUUGUCCUGUGUCCGGAGUGCUCCAAUCCGGAGACAAAUCUUACUGUUCAUGCCAAGAAACAAACCAUAUCCCAGCGCUGCAUUGCUUGCGGGUAUACUGGCAACAUCCCAUUGACUCAUAAAGUCACAACAUACAUUUUGAAAAAUCCACCAGACAUGGAAGUGUCGACAACACCCCAGAAAGGUGGCAAAAAAAAGGAAAAAAGAAGCAAGAAAGGAGCAGUGAAUGGGGACAAGGAGGAUGAUCGUGCCAGCCCAGAAGCCAAUGCACAGGAACAGAUGGCUGCGCAGCGAGCUUCUGGAGGCGUGAUUGAUGCUCCACCGGAAGAGACUCGCGAGAUAGACGAUGAUGACUGGGGUGAGGAGACAAGUGCUGAAGCCAUCAAACAGCGGAUGCAAGAACUGACAGAUGCAGCUAAAGGACUUGCUUUCACAGAAGAUCUUGAAAAAACAUCGGAGGAAAGAGUGGACAUUCUCUACAAGUACAUUGAGACUCGUCGUGACAAUGGAACUUUGAAGAGUACAUUGAAGGAGGUGGUUUCUGAGGCGGAGCGGCUGGAGGUGAAGGACAAAGCUACUCUAAUUCUGGUUGAGUUGCUGCUUGGUGCCAAGAUCAUGACACAACUCAAAGAGCAUGAGAAACUCUUCCUUGUGUUCUGCCAUGGCAACCAAAAAGCCCAAAAGUACCUGUUGGGUGGACUGGAGCAGCUGGUGGGGAAUGUUCACAAGGAGACUCUGCUGCCUAAGAUGCCUCACAUCCUCAAAGCAUUGUACGAUUCUGACAUCCUGGAAGAGGAAGUGCUACUUGACUGGGCAAAGAAGGUUUCCAAGAAAUAUGUGUCGAAGCAAGUUGCUGCGGAGAUCCAUGAGAAGGCUGCACCAUUCAUAACAUGGCUGCAAGAGGCUGAAGAGGAAACAGAAGAUGACGAUGAUGAUGAAAACCUGGAGGUUGUGUACUCAACAACUGAGAGGGUUGGCCAGCAGGAGAAGCCGAAACCUGAAACUGCUGAGGUAGAUGACUUCAACAUAGAUGACAUCUAGAUGAUGCCCAACACAGACAGAUCAAACUAGCACUCCCCGCCGAACUGCAAGCUUCAUAGCUUAUCUAUCUAGGACAGAUGAACUAUCACAGGGGAGAAGACUAGGCUGUUCUGUUGACUUUCUUGUGAACAUUCUUGUAGGUUAGGAUGGGCCUCCAGUUAUAGUGAUAUCAGUAAUCGGAAACUAUCUGCCGAUACAGAACUUUUGACUCGCAAGUGUCUGAUAUGUUAUACAGACGUUGAUCAAUUUGACCACUAUCUGAUCACCAAGAGCAUAAUUUAUUAAUAUAUCAUUGUUUAGAGGGCUGAUCAGAACAGAUUUUCAAUGUAAUUGUAGAUAAUGUCGGCUUGUCAUCAUUUUGUUUGUAAUCAGCCUUAUUUGUAUAUUGGGAAUUUGUUGAAGUUUACCACUUUUGUUGUAAACAUACAUUUGAUAUUCUUUGGAGGUCUGUGGUUCUUAAAUUCUUAUUUUCUUCCCUGAGUUGGUUCCUUGCAGCUGCAAGGACUCUUGAAAUGAACCCAUUGAGUUUUGCAUGGAUUUGACUUGUCAGGAUUGACUUGAUGAAAUGGUGCAACUUGUUUUAGUGAUUUGGUUUAUGGUAUGUUCUGUGAAGCUCUGUAUUGUAUCAGUUUGUUGUGGCUUUGUAUAUUUUUGUCAAGUUUAGUUUUUAAAGUUUUAUGACAUCUUUGCAAAAAUAUCUAUGCUUUGAUAUUUUAUAGUACAGCCUAUGCUAUCUUAUUUCUUCAUCUGUGAGACAACUGUGGCUUCAGUGCUGGGAUGUAUGUGCUAUUCAUGUGGGGUAUUGUUUGCUUACUCUUGAGGUACAACUAUAUAUUACUAAAUUAUGUAAUAAAUAAAAUGUUCCAAUGUU